CUGAGGCCUUCUGCUACCUGCUGGCACUGAAACCCUUUUUGAGGGAUUCUUCCUGGAAAUGAGUGUGUUUCUCAUCAAGGGGUGAACAAUUAAUUGAGAUAUUAUCAAAAGGAGGCUCAGUAGCUGCAGUUGGUUGAUAUAAGUACAGUAUGCCCGAACAUACCAUUAUACAUGAGGCAUUGCGGUGCUACACAGAUGCUUCAGCCUGCAAAUCAUUUUCUCCAGACCCAAGGGAACAUGCUUGUUUGGUACAGACCCCAGCAGAAAUCACAUCAUUGUCAUUUUCCUAUUUUUUUCAGUGAAAAUGAAAUGCAAAACUUACUGUUCCCACUAAAAUCCUGACUCCUGAUGGGUUUUUUUUGCAUAUUGUUCAGCCCUGUCCUUAUCAUAGACACUGCCGUUCCCUCUCAGGGAAAAACAAUGCUUGAAGACUUUACUACGUUAUGGAAUUUCCCUACAGUACCAUUGAGCAAGAGGCCUUGUGUUCAAAGACAGUGGUAUACUUAUCAUUAUACUACCUUUCUAUGAUAGUGCAGCUUUUAUUAGGAUAAUAUAAAAAACAGAGUUUUGUUUUGUCUUUUUUAUUUAUUGAUUGUGUCUGCAGUUAUUGAUUUUCGUUAUCCUUUUAUUCAAGAAAGGAUUGGGGAAAACUCCUUUCAUUUUAAUGUAAAUGCACUGGGGCAUUUAAAGACCAGCAUGAAAUUUUAUUCCUAUAUUUUUUCGUUUUCUUUAAUGUUUCGCUCAACUCUACAUUUUUGUGGGAGAAAAUGUAAUUUUCUCUGAAUGUGCAGAUUACAAGUCACUACAGUCACACUGACAUGUUCUCUAUUGACCUACAUAUAUUAGGUCAAUAGAGAACAUGUAGCAGUGCAUAUGUUCCACAACACCCUGAAUAAACUCAUAAUACCACAGUUUCUGCCUCUUAGAUCCAAGUUAAUCUGAUACUCUUGUCAAUAAGGUUUUAAAGAGGCUGCCAUGAGAAUCAGUGAAUGAAAUGCACAUUCAUUCAUGAGAAAUUCAUUUUUGUGGCUGAAACUCAUAAAUCAGACAUUGCCAUAUUCUCUUAAUGUGCCUCCCAUUCCUUCCCUUCAUCUCAGACAUUAGUUAACUUAUUCUGGGACAAAGGUCGACUCCCUCCCACUCCUGCUGUGCUGUGCUGUUGCUUCAUAGCCAUUCUCUGCUGUCUGCCUUGUCAGCACAGCCACACACAACAGAGAUCCAGCAGCUUUUCAAAAGCGUGUGCUAUGGCAAACAUGUUCCCACUCUCGUCAGCGGAUGGGCAGGUAGAGGAACCAGCUAAUCUCCAUGACCUGAAUGAGCCUCUUAUUGAUCAUUCUGAGGGCCGACUCUUCUUGAACGAAGCCUUCAAAAUUAUUAUGGAGGAGGUGCUCUGCAAGGGCACAGACGUCAAACAAAAGGUUUGUGAGUGGAAAGAACCGGAGGACCUGGCUCGGCUGCUGGAUCUGGAGCUGAGGGCCACAGGAGAACCACAACACAGGCUCCUGCAGAGAGUAAAAGAUGUCGCCAAGUACAGCGUCAAGACCAGUCACCCACGUUUUUUCAAUCAGCAGUUUGCCGGGGUGGACUAUCAUGCCUUGGCUGGAAGAUUUCUCACUGAGGCUCUCAACACUAACCUCUUCACCUAUGAGGUGGCCCCGGUGUUUGUGCUGAUGGAGACUGAGGUGCUGCGAGGGCUGCGCCAGCUGGUUGGCUGGACAGAGGGUGAUGGUAUUUUCUGCCCUGGUGGUUCCACCUCUAACAUGUACGCCAUGAACCUUGCACGCUACAGACUCUUCCCAGAGGUCAAAAGCCAGGGGCUGUGGGGUCUCCCACGACUUACCGUCUUUACAUCUCCAGAGAGCCAUUACUCUGUGAAGAAAGGGGCUGCCUUUCUUGGCAUUGGGACAGACAAUGUCAUCUUGGUGAAAGUGGAUGAUGGAGGCCGCAUGAUUCCAGAGGACCUUGAAGAAAAGAUAAAGCUGGCAAAAUCUCAGGGUGCAGUGCCGUUUCUUGUUAGCUGCACAUCAGGGACCACGGUGCAGGGCGCGUUUGACCCACUGGACUGCAUCGCUGAUGUCUGUGAGAAACACAAGCUCUGGAUGCACGUAGAUGCUGCCUGGGGAGGGAGUGUGCUCUUUUCCAAACAACACAGACAUCUGAUGAAAGGGGUGGACAGAGCAAAUUCAGUAGCCUGGAAUCCACACAAGAUGCUGGUAGCCGGCCUGCAGUGUUCUGUCCUGCUGCUACAAGACACCACGAACUUGCUGAAGCAGUGCCACAGCGCCAACGCCACAUACCUCUUCCAGCAAGAUAAGUUCUAUGAUGUGAAUCUGGACAUCGGGGAUAAGUCAGUGCAGUGCAGUCGCAAGGUUGACUGUCUGAAGUUAUGGUUGAUGUGGAAGGCUGUUGGCUCCACUGGCUUUGCAGAACGUGUAGACAAAGCUUUUUUCCAUGUUAGGUAUCUGGUGGAGCAGAUGAAGAAAAGAGAAGGGUUUCGUCUUUUGCGUGAGCCGGAGUUUGUGAAUGUUUGCUUCUGGUUUAUACCACCCAGUAUGAGGGGAAAGGAAGGAAAUGCAGAUUACCAGGACAGACUGGCAAAAGUAGCUCCAGUCAUCAAGGAGCGCAUGAUGAAACAAGGCACUAUGAUGGUGGGCUACCAACCUUUGGAAAACAAGGUCAACUUUUUCAGAGUGAUUGUUUUCUCUCCGCUGGUUUCCCAGACAGAUAUGGACUUCUUUCUCGAUGAAAUUGAAAGACUGGGGAACGAUUUGUGAACAAAAACGCAGUUUAUAAGAUGCACAUCCCUCAUCUGUCUGGACUUCAAGGCAGUUCACAAAUCCUGCUGUUGUAAUUUCACAGAUUAUAACAAACAAUCUCACUGUACCAGCUGAGCAAUGUGAUUGGCUUCAUAUAGACGGCUGUCAUAACAAGAGAUACAAUACUCUGAAAUCUGAGGACCAUGGACCAAAAUAUGAAUGCAUAAAUAAACAAUGGGCUUUAUUUUAACAAUGUUUUGACACAUGUCCAAUGAAUAAACAAUGUA